AUGGAUAACAAGAAACAUGGAAAAGGGACACAGGUUUGGAAGAAAACAGGAAUGAUCUAUGAUGGGGACUGGAGGUGUGGAAAGAGAGAAGGCUAUGGAACCCUGAGCAAGACUGACCCUCAAACCAAAGAGUAUGUGAGGGUUUAUAUUGGUUCUUGGCGAAAUGACAAGAAGGAAGGUGCUGGGACAUAUUUCUACAGUCCGUCUGCUUUCUAUGAGGGGCAGUGGAAGGAAGAUCAGAGGAGUGGAUGGGGACAGAUGCAGUAUGAGAACGGGGAGCUGUAUGAGGGAGAUUGGCUGAAGGACAAACAUCACGGACAGGGUUUGCUUCUGCUAGCUAAUGGAAACCGCUUUGUGGGCACCUGGAGCGACGGACAGAAAAACGGACACGGCAAGUUCUUCUACCUGGACAGAGGUCAGCUGUACGAAGGCUUUUGGGUUGACGGCGUUGCUAAGUGUGGAACCAUGUCUGAUUUUGGGAGAGAAGCAGCGGUUAGACCAACAGUGCAUCCAAUUCCCAAGGUUUGCCUACAGGAUUCACAGGCUGUGCUGAUAGAUGCACGAGCAUAUUUCACUGAGGACAAGGAGAAAUCAACAGAGACCACGAUUCCAAGUCAUACCGUUGCUAGGCAAUAUGUACCUUGACAAUAUCCUGAAGUCAAGAAAGGCAGACUAGUACAGUGAAAUAUGUUUUAUCAAGCCCUCACUCACAAUAAAAACACUAUCACACGAUACAGAAAAAGCUGUUGGCACAUUAUGCAUCUUCUAGUAUUUAACUAAAUGCUCAUUUUGGCAAGAAAUGCAUGUCAUACAUGAUAUAAAAGAGCACAAAAAGGAGUUUGGUUGCAGUUGGUUUGAGUAAGACUUUAAUUAAAAUGUAUAAAACUGAGUUUUUAAUUUCCAGCACACGCUGUGCACUAAUAAAAAGAGCUUCUGAAUCAAACUUGACACACAACAUAGAUAUUAUUUCACAUACUUUGGAAAAAAAAAAUCAUUGUAUUUCAAUUUGGCAAUACUGAACAUGUAAAUUAAAUGUUGUUUUAGUCAUUUUCGUCAAUGCUGCUGAUGUAACUACAUGCAUAAAUGGUUCUCUGCUUAAUAAACACGUUGUUUAAAAUGUGUUCGUUAGCAUAAUCGCACAAUCCUGCCAGCUCUUUAGCCGUGACGGCUCUAAGCACUUGUGUCCAACUUCAGAGUGAACAGAGGCCCUUUUAAUGGGAAGCCGUUUCAAAUACAACCAAAAAAUGUCAGACAAACAUGUUGAUAAAGUGCCUUUGUUUCUUCCAAAAUGUGCUCAUUCAGGGGGAAAAAUAGAGUUUGAAUAAGACUCUGAUUUUGGUUGAUUCAGCUGUUUAACAGCGAAGCCAUGAUUCAGAACGCAUCAAAAUGACUUGGUCAAGCGGACAUAAAAGUGUCCCCUGCACUGUAAUAACUUCAAACAAGCCUCUGAUCAGUGUUUAAAAAAAUUGUUUUUGUAAUAUAAACUCAUGUCUGUAAGAAUGUAGCUUGCAUUGUGAUAAAAUAACAACCUGUUGUAAGUAACAGAACUGGCACAGCUGCCAUACUGAAAUAAAGGAUUUUCCCUGUGGUGAAUUAAAGGAACAGUUCACCAAAAAUGAAAAAUUGAAAAUUUACUCAACCUCAGGUCAUCCGAGAUGUAGAUGAGUUUGGAGCAGAUUUUAGAAAUUUAGAUUAGAGAAAUUUAGUAUUACUUCAUUUGCUCACCAAUGGAUCCUCUGAAGUGAAUGGGUGCCGUCAGAAUGAGAAU